CAUGAACACAGCUCCGGCAACACUUACCUUGGAUUCAGUGUGAACAAAAAUGUCACUGCUAAAGCUCUUGAACUGUCAUCUCAUAUUGAUACUGGCUCUGUUUAUUGGAGCGGAAAGUGCUAAUGAACAUUACUCAGCCCGUUGGUCAAGAUGCUUCUUCAGCGCCCUUGAUUAUAGUGACAUGGUGUAUAUUGACAGCUUUUAUUUUAAUAAAUUUCUGUUAAUACAGUUCAAUAGCACUUUGGGGAAGUUUGUGGGGUUUAAUGAGUAUGGGAUGAAUCUUGCAGCGCAAUUCAACAACAGCACAUUUGUGAAUGCAGAGAUGGCAAGUGUUAAUUCAGAAUGCGGUUUUCAUAUUAAAAUCAGGUACCCACAAAUCCAUGAUAAAACAGUGAAACCAAAGGUAAAGCUCAGUGUAGUGAAACAGGAGGAUGGCAGGAACCCAGCUGUGUUCAUGUGCAGCGCAUAUGAAUUUUAUCCAAAAUACAUCAAAAUCUCCUGGCUGAGAAAUGGUGAAGUGAUGACCUCGGAAGAUACUGCACUUAUGGAGAUGGCUGAUGGAGACUGGUACUACCAAAUUCACUCUGAGCUGGCAUACAUCCCAAAAUAUGGAGAGAAUAUCUCCUGCAUGGUGGACCAUGCCAGCUUAACUGAACCCAUUUUCGUAAACUGGGAUUCAUCACUUCCUACGUCUGAGAGGGAUAAAAUCACAAUUGGUGUGUGUGUUCUGGUGCUGGGAAUCAUCAUAGCGGCUGCUGGAUUUAUUUACUGCCAGAAGAAAACAGGAAGAAAAUUUGUGAGAUGUGCUGCAACCGAUUAGUGCUCAAAAGACACAGCCUUCCCUGUCACCAGCACCCAGUCAUCACACUCACCAUCAUCUUCUGCCUCAUAAUCGCUGCAUUUAUUUAGCCUCACUUAGACUCAAUUCCAGUGAUAUUUACCUAAUGAAUCUCUAGUGUAACACUUGACACUUUGAGACACUUUAUUACUUAAAAAAAAUGAUAUUAUGAUUGCAUAAUUAACAAAAUUAUAAAAAUGAUUUGUUUUGUGCAUUGUAAUCACACUUACAUAUUACUGCUUCCAUUAUCCACUUGUAAAUCGCUUUGAAUAAAGCACCUGCUAAAUAAC